AUGGGCAAAUCAAUAGACAUCUCUCAAUCAAUCCUUUAUCCCAAGUGGUUCGGCGGCUCUGCAUCAUGCAUGGCGGUCCUUGUUUCUCACCCUUUGGACCUGAUGAAGGUCAGAAUGCAAAUGGAGCAGGGUGGUGUAAAAGCUGGAACACUUAAUACCUGCAUUCGAAUCGUUCAGGGCGAGGGCGUGCUUGCGUUUUAUAAUGGACUUUCGGCAGGCUUCAUGAGACAGUUCCGCAUCGGCCUCUACGAGACACUAAAAGAACAAACCAAAGCGAACAACAUUCCCACCUCCCCACCAGUUCUUGGGUUAUUAGCAGGAAUAUCCGGGUUUACUGGUGCGGUCUUCGGCAACUCCUCAGAUAUAGGCAACAUCCGCAUGCAGAAUGACGGUUCACUGCCUGCUCAUCUUCGUCGCAAUUACCGGCACAUCUUCGAUGCGUGGAGAAAGAUCAAACGUCAAGAGGGAUGGAAGGCCUUUGGGCAGGGAUUGUGGCCGAAUGCUUUCCGCUGCGGUAUCAUGACCAGCUGCCAGCUUGCUUCAUAUGAUAUUUUUAGGGAUCUGAUAAUGGCAACCACUGGGAUUCAUGAUGAUCACCCUGGUUUGCAUUUAUCGGCCUCCCUCUUGGCAGCACUGAUUGCUACAACACUGUGCAGUCCGAUUGAUGUGAUCAAGACUCAGUUAAUGGGGUCGUCAACCAAGCAAGGGAUAUUGCAUGUUAUGGAGGAUCUUACAACUACAGAGGGAAUGAGAUGGGUCUUUCGAGGGUGGACGCCCGGUUUUGUUCGCCUGGGGCCUCAGACUAUGGCUACACUGAUUCUUUUGGAACAGCACAAGCGGCUAUAUAGGGACCUCAAAGAAAAGACAGGCACUCAGAAAAUCGCACUCUUAAGUUAG